AUGGCUUACUCUCUCCCACCCCUCGGAUACAGCUACGAUGCUCUCGAGCCAUACUUCGACAAGGAGACGAUGGAGAUCCAUCACUCCAAGCAUCACCAGACAUAUGUGAACAACCUCAACAACCUCCUCAAGGACCACGAGCUCUCCUCGCUGGCCGUCGACGAGCUCGUCACCAAGCUUGACCAGGUUCCGGCUGAGAAGAAGACUGGCGUGCGAAACAACGCAGGUGGUCACUCCAACCACAGCUUCUUCUGGAAGAACCUCAAGCAGGGCACCAAGUUGGACGGCGAGCUCGAGGAGGCUAUCAAGAAGGACUUUGGCAGCGUCGAUGACUUCAAGGGUCAGUUUGAAAAGGCUGCCACGACAGUCUUUGGAUCCGGAUGGGCGUGGCUCGUUGACCAGAGUGGUACGCUGAAGAUCGUCACCACUGCCAACCAGGACAGCCCUCUCAGCGGCGAGGCUAUUUCCGGCACCAAGGGCUUCCCUAUCAUUGGCCUUGAUGUUUGGGAGCACGCUUACUACUUGAAGUACCAGAACCGUCGUCCAGAUUACAUCAAGGCGUUCUGGAGCGUGGUCAACUGGGACUUUGCCAAGCAGCGAUUUGCUGAGAGGAAGUAA